UAAUCCCCCCUCCUCCUCCUCCUCCUCCUCCUCCUCCCUCCCCCCCAGCAGGGCUAUGUCCUCGGCAGCCACCACGUCUCCAUCUGUGGACAAAGUGGACGGAUUUUCCCGGAAGUCUGUCAGGAAGGCCAAGCAGAAGCGGUCGCAGAGUUCGUCCCAGUUCCGCUCUCAGGGCAAACCCAUCGAGCUCACGCCCUUGCCACUGCUCAAGGACGUGCCGGCGCCGGAGCAGCCGGAGCUGUUCCUGAAGAAGCUGCAGCAGUGCUGUACUGUCUUUGACUUCAUGGACACUCUGUCGGACCUCAAGAUGAAGGAGUACAAGCGCUCCACGCUCAACGAGCUGGUGGACUACGUGACGGUCAGCCGGGGCUACCUGACGGAGCAGGCCUACCCCGAGGUCGUCAAAAUGGUGAGUUCUCACAACAUAUUCCGGACCCUUCCGCCCAGCGACAGUAAUGAGUUUGACCCCGAGGAAGACGAGCCUACGCUGGAGGCCUCCUGGCCGCACCUACAGUUGGUAUACGAGUUCUUCAUUCGCUUCCUGGAGAGCCAGGAAUUCCAGCCCAGCAUUGCCAAAAAGUACAUAGACCAGAAGUUUGUGCUACAGCUCCUGGAGUUGUUCGACAGCGAGGACCCUCGGGAGAGAGACUACCUGAAGACAGUCUUGCAUAGAAUCUACGGCAAAUUCCUGGGGCUGAGGGCUUUUAUACGAAAACAGAUCAAUAAUAUUUUCUACGGUGAGUCUGUGUGUGAUUUUGUUUAUGAGACGGAGCACUUCAACGGGGUGGCUGAGUUGCUGGAGAUCCUGGGGAGUAUAAUCAAUGGUUUCGCUCUGCCCCUGAAAGCGGAGCAUAAACAGUUUCUGGUCAAAGUGUUGAUCCCCCUCCACACCGUCAGGAGUCUGUCCCUCUUCCAUGCACAGUUGGCGUAUUGCAUUGUACAGUUCUUAGAGAAAGACCCAACAUUAACAGAACCAGUCAUCAGAGGCUUACUGAAGUUCUGGCCAAAAACCUGCAGUCAAAAAGAGGUGAUGUUUCUGGGCGAGCUGGAGGAGAUCCUGGACGUGAUCGAACCCACGCAGUUCGUGAAGAUCCAGGAGCCGCUCUUCAAACAGAUCUCCAGAUGCGUCUCCAGCCCGCAUUUCCAGGUGGCAGAGCGAGCUCUGUACUACUGGAACAACGAGUACAUCAUGAGUCUGAUCGAGGAGAACUCCAGCGUCAUCCUGCCCAUCAUGUUCGCCAACCUCUACAGAAUUUCUAAGGAGCACUGGAACCCGGCCAUCGUGGCGCUGGUGUACAACGUGCUGAAGGCCUUCAUGGAGAUGAACAGUACCUUAUUCGACGAGCUCACAGCCACCUACAAGUCAGACCGCCAGCGUGAGAAGAAGAAGGAGAAGGAGCGGGAGGAGCUGUGGAAGAAGCUGGAGGACCUGGAGCUGAAGCGGGGCCUUAGGAGCGACGGGAUCAUUCCCACUUAACGAAGACAGCGCCGCGCUCCCCUCCCGACCCCGCCCCCUCCUCCACCCGCCCCCGCCCCCUCCUGACCCCGCCCACAUCAGCCAUGUCUGCCCGGAGCUCCUGAAGCAGGCCGUCGUCUGUGGAUGGACUCGGAGCGCCCGCUGGUUUCUUCACUGUUUUUCUUUUUGUUUCUUUCUUAUGUUUCUUUUUCUUUUUUUUUUCUCCUGUGUUUGUGCGACUUACUUUACAGUAGAUUCAUCACGUCUGUUUUCAUUAUUUCAACAGCACUGUAAAUAAUAAUUUUUUUCUUUUUUUUCCCCUUAAACUGAUAUUAUUGCAAACAGAAAAAAAAACAACAAAAUGAUGAUAAUAAUAAAAAAAAAGGAAGAAAAAAAUAGAAAAUGAGAAAAUGACUUGCGUGGGAGGGGGAUUUAAACAAAAAAAAGUUUGGACUGUAGGACAUGAAAUGAACUCUCAGAAAAGAAAAAAAAAUACAAAAAAAAAAAGAGGAUAGAUUGAUUUUAACUCUUCAUCCCACUCAGUACAGCCCCACGUGUAAUUUUAAGUUUUCUGGUUCUCCUCUUUGCUUUUCGUCUCGCUGCCUCCAUCUUUCCUGCCAGGACGGAUUAUAAUCCCCCCUCCCUCCCCGUGGUCACCUCCAGGACGCCCCGCCUCCACCCGCCCUCCCCCGCCUCGCCAUCACCCUUCUCUUCCUCCUCCUCCUCCGUGUUUACAUGCGUCUUCAUAGAGAGGAGCUCAAACUAGCAUGUUAGCUUCAGGCGUCUUUCGUUUCCCGCCAUUUUUUUUUUUUUUUUUUUUUUAAUGCUAAAGAAAUGAACAAACAGCUGCAUGAAUUACUCAUGGGUUGUUUGAAUUAAAAAAAAAAUAAGGUUUUAAAGAUUUAACCCUCACUGAACUCAAACAAUUAAUGUUAGCAACAGCUAAGCUAGUUAGCUAACUAACUCUAGAAAAGGGAUUCCAAUUAACCUCCAAGUAUUGCAUUGGUGAGUAGGAAAGACUUGAGUUUUAGGAAUUAUAAUUAGCAUCAGCAGCUGGCUGAAAGUCAGCAUUGACUGCUAAGCUAGCCGAGAAGGCUAAUUGUAAGUUCGUAUGUCCACAUGGUGAAGUUUGAGUAAUAUAAGACUAAAGAGUUUUCCCUGAAACAUGCUUCAUGCGCUGAAGGCGGCGCUGUAGCUGCUAGCUUUAAUCCUCGUCAGUCUGUCGGUUCAUGUUUGAGUUUACAGACAUGUUUUGGGGUUUUUUUGGACCUUGUGAGCUGGAGUGAGGUUUCAAGCACUAAAUGUCACCAACGCGUCACACUUUGCUGUAAGUUUUUUGAGGCUGUUCCGCAGUGAAAUCCAAGUGUUGAAUCGUUUUUCUCACCUUUUUAAAGUCUCUGUUUGUGACUGCAUUGAAGCCUCGAAUAUAUUCUGAAUCUGAAAUCUUCUACGAAGUAUUAAUUAUUUAAUUCACAAUUGAAUAAAAGUUCAAGCCUACCAGCAUCUGGAAAAAUUCUUGUUAGCAUGCACAUGCCGAGCUAGUUGUUGCUGCGUCUGUCCUGCAAUCCUGCACUGCUCCACUAGGGGGAGUCAUGGCGUCUGGCCUGCAGUCCCAUUCUGCUCCACUAGAGGGAGUUGUGGUGACUGGCCUGCAGUCCCACGCUUCACCACGAGAGGGAGUCGUGAGCUCCAAUCCAGCCUUCAUCAGUUGAUUCUCCGACUGUUGUCAGGGUGGAUGAGGUUCUGGAAGCUUCUGGUUUUGAAUCCGCAUGUAGACACGGGCCUCCCCACCCCACCCCAACCCCCCCACACCCCGCCCCGCCCCACCCAGCAGACCCGUGGUAUCUGUGGUACCAGUCUGGUACUGGUACCGUCCGGCGGACUCACACACAUACACAGAAUUAAAAAAAGAAAUGGAUUGAGAGGAGCAACACGACUCGUCCUGUCGUGGAAAGACGAGCGCCCCCUCCUGCUGCUGCUCCUCCUCCUCUCCAGCCGGGGGCGCUGUGUGGACUUCACAGUGUUACCACGGCGACAGAGAGACAGACCUGUACAUUGUUGAAUGCAGUACACUGAUGAUAAUCUUGUAUCUCGUAGUAAUUUAGCCUUUGUUUUGAUGCUUAGGAAGCCGUGGAGGAGUAUCCAGUAUAUAAAGAGGUGUUAUGGAACAAGACUUCCUGGUAUUUAUGAUAGUGUUCCUCUUGAACCCCCCUGCCCCCCCCCACCCCUUCCUCCUCCUCCUCCUCCUCCUCUUCUCUUGGUUUUUAUCUCAUUUUGGAUAUUUUUGAUGAGGUUUUUUUUUUUUGACCAUUGGAUAUAUAUUUUUGUUUUUUUUUAGUCGGGGGAGGGGGUGAGGGUGGAGGGGCGCGGGGUUGGGGGGGUGGAGGUGAAGGCAUGAUGGAGCAGACCACUCGGGAGUCGUCUUUUUUUCUUUUUCUUUUUUUUUUUUUUUUUUUUUUCAUCUAGUUUUGGUUCAGGACAGCGAACCUCCCCCCUCCUCCCUCGCAGAAUUAAUGUGUGCUUUAGAACGGCCCGGAUAUAAUAUGAUUUAAAAGCUGAGAAAAAAAAAAGAU